AUGGAGCCUGGUCAGAAUCUCGCUUUUGACAACAAAAGCGAGCGGAAUAUUAAAUUUGGAAGUACGGUGUCCGAAUAUAAAGGCACUUUAACACAUCAGGACCAGAAAGGUAACGUUAUGGAACCCUUGAGGACUCACACAAAUCGUCGAGAGGCCAAAAACCUGACGGUUUCUCUUCCUAACGCGCAGGUGGAGUCAACUGGACUUUCGAACACUGGACUGCACCAUCUUCUUCCCAAUGUUGAUUUAUAUUCUAGAGUCAAACAGAACCAUAUGCGCCGGACUCACUCUGAUGGUGACAUUCGACAAGAAAGUGUGCCAAUCAGCCAUUCUUUCUCACCACCUUAUUCGAACUUUGCACGCUACUUACCAUGUUUAUCAACACCGACGGAGAGCUCAACCUCGUCUUUUGCAUCUCUUUCUGUUUCAGGAAGUGUGCUUACCUCCGACAGUAGUUUUCGGCUACCGAUAUCUGCCAGUCAACUUUCAUUACCGGAACCCCCCGAUGGAGGGUGGGGCUGGGUUAUUGUUUUUGCAGCCUUCAUGGUCCACAUGAUUACAGAGGGCGUCAUUGUGUCAUUCGGCAUUUUUAUAGAGGACCUAGCAGAGGAAUUUGAAGAGUCAAUGAGUGCUACUUCUUGGGUCGGAUCCUUCUCUUAUGGUAUUCCUGCUCUAGUGACCCCAGUUUCCUCAUUCUUCCUGAACCGCUUUGGGUGUCGCAUCACCUGCAUGCUGGGUGCUCUUAUAAGUGCCAUUGGUUGUCUCGCUGGAUGUUUCACGAACUCUCUGUUGGCGUUGGUGUUUACCUUUGGAAUUCUCUCUGGCUUGGGAUCCAGUCUCAGCAUGACUGCAGCGCUUGUAAUUGUGUCCCUUUAUUUCGAUGAUCGUCGAGCAACAGCCACGGGUUUGUCUAUAGCAGGGACGGGCGUUGGUGCACUUGUGUUUGCUCCCGCUGUGGAGUUUUUCAUCAACAUUUAUACCUGGCGUGGAACAUUCAUGCUCAUGGCGGGAGCUCUUCUUCAUAUAGCCAUUUGCGGUGCGUUGAUGCGUCCAGUCGAGACAAACAUGGAGCGACGACUUCGCCAAAGAUUGGCUUGGCUUGAGCAUUUCGCCAAAGAGUCGGGCCUACCUCCGCUAAGUAAAACGGCUGACUAUAUAGAUAGCGAUGUUCCUGGUCGCAUUAAAUUGUUGCGAGAUAGCCUUCUUGCCACAAACAAAUCAUCUGGACGAGCACAUGCUGUUGUUCGGAUACCCAAUGAUGUCUGUUCACGACCCCACAUGGUAACCCAAGAAACAUACAGACCUAAUUUAUUGCCUCUUUCUGGUCACACAAAGAACGAGAAGUUAUUGCCCUAUUCUGUUAGUCCCAGUUUUUGUGAUGACGCUUGCCGGAAUAACGAGCAACUUGGAGGACACAACGCACAGACCAAUAAACAGAACGGUUGGAUAGAAAAGGUGGUCAAGUUGGAGCCUGUUCCGGAGUAUGAACUCAUAUUUCCAACUGUAAUUCGUAAAGCAGAGCAUUCAUUAAACCAUCCACGGAGGUCGAAUUAUUCGUACCUACAAAACAGUGCUGAAAUUCCACUGAAAUCCAACCGGAAAAAUGAUUCCGUCUCUCAUUUCAAUGCAUCGUCAGCAUGUAAACGUGGGAUAUUUUAUUCAACCUUCCACAUUUCUAAGUGCGGUAUCAGUAAGCACGGUAACCUGACUAAAUCGGGAUCAGUACCGGACUUUCCUUAUGAUGAGCACAAAAACUUUCAAACAGCGUCUGAUGGUACAACUGCCGCAAGUGAAGACGACGCGGAUGAGCUUGUUUGGGGACAGAUGAGCUUGUAACAUUUGGUGACAAAAAUGCCUGUCUUUUUUCACAUAUGCAGUCAAAUGAGGAAAAACCCUUGCACCUUGAGAAUACUGAUCUUAAUAGGUUUCAGGAUUCUCAAUUGGGGUUUAAUCGAAGAUCGGACGUCAUCCAAAAGGGCGUAGCGCUCUCAAACCUGAUCCAUAUACCGACACAGCCCGGUGAUGUUGGGCAAAAACAUUGUGGACGCAUGGAUGUGUUUUAUCGUGCCCCUCUCUUGAAAGCAUUUGGAAUUACACGCGAAUCCCUCUGUAGGGCGUUGAGUUUGCCAGAUUUAAGCCAGGUGCAUCGAAUUAGGCGUCGCUCAGGUAGUGUGUGUUCCUCAGAUUCAUCGUCUCUGGAAGAGAGCUGUAUCGGUUCAAACUUUUGUGGCUGCAUCAAGCGAGAUGCAUCUGGUCAGGAUGAUGUUCCAUGUGAGGAUUGUUUCAUCAUUUUCCCACUCACUCAGCUUCUUAAUUGUUGCGGAUUAUCCAUGCCAGAUUUAAGCGGACGUCACCUAUGCAAACAGCUAUGUGAUCUUCGUCUGUGUCGUCGCUUUAAUUUUGACCUCUUUAUCUUUUCAAACGUUUUGCUUUACUUCUGGUAUAAUGUUACGUACUUCUUUCUGGGGGUUCAUGCACUUGAUUUGGGAUUUUCGGAAACACAAGCGGCGCUACUUUUUUCUGUGUUGGGUGGUGCCAACAUGGUCGGAGAGAUAGUGGUGGGCUUUCUUGCGGAUCGCGAAUGGGUCGAUGCACUCAUGUUGUAUCUGGUCAUGCUACUGGCUUGUGGUAUAUCUACCGCCGUCGUCCCGUUGCUGGCAUCAUUCUUGUCCAUGUCCUCGUAUGCAAGCGUUUUCGGCUUUGGAUUGGCCUCCAACGAUGCGCUGUGCACGAUCCUGUUGGUAGAAUUUGUCGGGCUGCACCAUCUCACUAAUGCUUUGGGAAUGUGCUUCUUUUGCCAGGGUGUGGCAAACAUCAUUGGACCUCCAACCAUAGGUUUCAUAAUUGAUUCAACAGGGUCGCAGAAUCUGGCUUUCUUCAUUUCCGGUGUGGGUUUGAUCUUAUCGGGACUGGUCGUUGUCCCGAUUAUCGUGGAUCGGUUUCGCCGGAGACGUGCAAGACGUUUGCGGCGUCGCCAACAGCAAGAACAACUGCGACAGAUGCAAUGUCAACCGCAGACGUUUCCUCAAGAGGACAAUGAAUCAGUAAACGUGUGAAUCGUGAGAACUUUCAUCGUCUUUCUUGUUGCGGACUGUUUUCCCGGUUGUAGCUGUAAUUAGCUGUAAGUCCUCAAUUAGCCAGCUGUAUUUCCCAUCGUUCAUUUUUGCACUUUUCCAGAAUCAAGUGCAAUUCAUUCCAUCACGGACAUCUCGUAUCAGAUCCUUCCUGAGUUGCACUCACCAUGUGCAUCCAGUUUUCUCUGUUUCAUAGCCGAGUUCGAUUCGUUCACUUAAGCUUAGUCCAUUCAUGUAGCUAGUCGCCGAUGUAGCGGAUUUCGUGGUUCCAUUCCACCUCCCGCGAUCUUCGUAACCUGAUGUAAUGCUCAUUUACCCUCCCACUCUGCCUUAGUUCUUGAUACUAUUUUCACUAGAUGAUUUGUUGAUAAUUUUACUCUUUAUUGAUCGGAUUAAUUUUUGCAGUUAUUACUGGCCUUGGCUCACUCCGUUGUAUUCUUGUGAUGUCAGCAGCAGUUCCCUUGUCUGUUUGCUAACGAAUUUGGUCCUACAAAACAGGUCGAACUGUUUCUCAGACAGUGAUCGCAGGAAUUUUUAUCAUUUCACAUUCCUUUUCUUAGUUCGCUUGUUUUCACUGGCUCUUCUUCCCAUCACUGUUUUUUCCCUGCUCACGUCCACUUAUUGAGUACACCACGCCAACUCCACCGAAGACAUUUCCUCAUAUUUUUGCACAUUGUUAGUGAAAUCUCACCGAUUCCUGAUUAAGACUCCGCCCACUUGUCUCGAACCGCGUGAGAUUUUAUUCCUAUUUUUCUACAAUGUCAUUUUUAUCACUAAUUGCAGUUAUUAAUUGUAUUACUAGAUUUCGAGCAGUA